AUGUCGUCCGUCACCUCUUCCGCGUCCGCCAACUCCAACCCGUUCGCCGACGCCAACCCUCCUGACGUCAACGACAUCUGCAAACUCAACAUCUUCGAGCGGGUGCCGGUUUGUCUCUCGCAGACGAACUCCUCCUACUACACGUGGAAGACGUACUUUUCCCUCGUGUUUCGGGAGUAUCACCUCAUCGACCACGUGGACGGCACCGUCGACUCCAGCCUCGUCCCCGAGUUCCAUGGCUGGUCCACCAUCGACACCACCAUCAUCCGCUGGUUCUUCCUCACCAUCUCGCCGGACCUCUUCCAGACGGUCGUGGCGGACGGUGACGAUGCCUACGCCGACAACACAUCCGUCAACGACUAUUGUCGCCGCUUAAAGACUCUCGCUGACGAGCUCCGCGAUAUUGGCGCGAAGAUUGAUGAUGACCUCCUCCUCAUCACGCUCACCGCCGGGCUUAAUGAGGACUUCGGCAACGUCGCGGCGAACCUCAGCCUCAUCCCCAACCCGUCCUUCGCCAAGUUCGUUAUGUACCUCCGCUUGGAGGAGCGGCGGAUGAAGCAGGUGAAGGCGCGGGCCAUCCACACCGCUCUCGCCGCCGGCACCACCCGCGACGGGCCCUCGGCGCCUCCCGCUGCUCCGGCUGCGCCCCCGCCGCCGCGCCACCCGGCACUGCCGACGUACCCGGCGCCCCAGCAGCCGGGGCUGCUUCCGCUGCCCUAUGGGUCGCCCGCCCCUCCAGCCGAACGACGCGGUGGGGGCCGCCGUGGCGGUCAGCAGCAGCAGUCGCAGGGCACCGGCCCGCCCUGUCAGCAGCAGCCACAGCAGCAGCAGUUCCAGGUGCCCCCUCCGUGGGCCUCCGACUACAACCCGUGGACCGGUAUUGUUCAUGCCUACACCAUGCCGGUUCCACGGGCUCCUGCACCGACCCUUCCCGUGCCGUGCCCGCCGGCGCACCAGGCGUACUACGCGGCCCCGCAGCCGUACAGAGGAUACCCACCGCCGCAGCUGAGCGGCCCCUACGGUCUCCCUGCGGCCCCGCCGCCGCCCCCGCCGGCCCUGCCACCGGCACCUUGGGAUCCGGCGCUCCUCACCGCGCUGCACACCGCGCCUACGCCGAACAACUACACUGGAGGUGGUGAUUGGUACAUGGACACCGGGGCUACGGCUCACAUGUUUGCUCAUCCUGGUAAUCUUGCCUCCUUCACUCCCGUCACCACCGACCGCCGCAUCAUUGUCGGCGACGGGUCCACACUUCCUAUUACACAUGUCGGGCACACUUCUUUUCCUUCCACUUCCAUGCCUAUUACUUUGUCUAACAUACUUGUGUCACCUCAUCUUAUUAAGAACCUUAUUUCCGUUCGUUGUUUAACUCGUGAAAAUCCUGUUACUGUUGAAUUUGACGAGCUUGGUUUUUGUGUCAAGGACGCUCGAACCAGGAUGGUACUUCACUGCUGUGACAGCCUCGACGAGCUCUAUCCGGUGCAUCCGCCGUCCACCUCCACCACCGCACCGGUUGCUCUUUCCCCUGGCGUCGAUCUCUGCACGCAGUUUGGGCGCCCCAUCCUUGCUCUUCAGACUGACAAUGGAAAAGAGUUCGACAACCUUGCUUUCCGCACUUUUCUGUCGCACCACGCAAGUACCCCCGGCUGCUCCUCCCGCCACCUGUGA